AUGAACAUGAAUUCAGAUCAGCAAACUGAGGAAACUGCGUUGCUUUCAAGAGGCAGUGAAGAUGCUUCUAUAAAUGGCGAUGCUUCUUUAGAGCAGAAAUGUCAUGAUCACAACAUGGGCUUACACAAAGCUCCCAUUUUACUGUCGCUUUGGCUCGGAUCAUUCUUAGUUUCCAUUGAUGGAACAAUCGUAGCUAACAUCACCAAUGCCAUAGCUGCGGAUUUCCAGGAAUCCGACAAGAAGCAAUGGAUCGCAACAAGUUUUCUGUUGACUAACACUGCUUUUCAAUGUCUGUACGGUAAAUUGUCGGAUAUAUCUGGAAGAAAGUUCGCUCUGUUAACAGCACAACUCUUCUUCGGGUUGGGUUGCUUGUUGACGUGUUUUGCUCGCAAUGUGACAGAAUUCUCGUUGGCACGGGCAGUGUGUGGUAUCGGUGGUGGUGGGAUCAGCGCCAUGAGCAGCAUCACUGUCAGUGAUAUUUGCACAGCAAAAGAACGAGGCAUGUACCAAGGCUAUGCUAAUAUCGUGUUCGGAACGGGUCAGCUUCUGGGGGCUCCAUUGGGUGGGCUUUUGAUCACAAGUGUAGGAUGGAAACCCAUUUUUGCUGUUCAGGUGCCGAUGGUAAUGCUGUGCAUGUUUUUGGCCUAUCGCAACGUGAACACCAAACUUGCGCAUUUGAAGCCCAUUGAGGAGCGGUUCUCAUUUGAUAAUAUCUCACGCUUGGAUUUGAUUGGUUCUGCUUCGUUGGUGAUCUCCAUAGGUGGUGUUUUAUUUUUGUUGUCCACCGAUCUCAAUAAAACGGCAGUUGUGGUAUGCACCACAUUGAGCAUUGCUUUAUUCGCCUACAACGAGAGGUUUUGGGCUCGCGAACGCAUCAUUCCAUUUGAAUUAUUGCGAGGUAACUUUGGCUUGACGUCGUCAGUUACUGUCGCUUCAACGUUCGUUAUCUUUGGCGACAUCUUCAGAUCUCCGAUAUAUCUGCAAUUGGUCCAAGACGUUUCAGUGGCUAAGAGUGGAAUCUUCAUUUUGUUCGGAUCGAUAGCUACCGCAAGUGCAUCACUCGUCACCGGAUACAUAACUCGGCAUACCAAGAUGGAUCUUGCCAAAUGCUCGUUUUUAGUCAUUCUCGCAGCUGUCUUUUUGCAAUUGAUAGGCACAGUGCUCAGUAGUGUGUUGGUAGCCACUCUAGACCCAAAUCAGACUUCUUAUGCCCGGGAAGGCCAAUCCGCAACAAUUUUUGAGCUCGAUUCCAAUGGAUAUCUUUGGAAAUGCCUCUACGUUAUUGCGACAAUACUUAACAGUUUCGGGUACGGCUGUUUGCUGGUAUCGGUUUUGGUGAGCAUUGUGUUCACCGUGCCCAAAUAUCAGCAGGCUACACUCACAGGCAUUUUUUACCUGUGGCGAUCCAUUGGCAGUGUUCUAGGAACGUCGAUAUCGCUGAGCACAUAUGACACAACGCUAAAAUCUAGCUUGUGGCGGUACAUGAGCGCCCAUGGUAUUUUAGAGUCGUAUCCAAGACUACUGCGGGACUCCGGGUAUUUGCGGGCUCAUUUUUCCGGCAAGGAACUUAGCGCUCUUCUGAAGGUUUACCGGCAAUGUUUUGUGUGGUCAUUUGGUCCCAAUCUUGUACUAGGAACCAUUUCCUUCGGCUUGGGACUUAUUUUGGUCACCACCGUGACCCGAGGGCAAAAGGUUCUCGAUAGGGUCAAUGCGGGCAUCGUAGGCGAGUAA